UUUGUGUGGGUUGCGGGUUGGUUGCGCGGUAGUGUAACGGCUAAAUUGCCUCCGGCCUUGGUCUGGGGUAUUAUCUCAGCCGGGUUGUCGAUAGGAAGCUGGCUAGAACCUGAGAGUUACCAGCCAGGGGAAAUAUCUUCAGUAUCUAAGAUGGUGAAUUGAUUUCAUAUGGCUACUUCCAGGAAGCAUAGAGACUCGAUUCAACAACAGACCAACACAAUAGAUUCUAAUCUUCAAAGAGGAAGAUAUUGUGAAACAGAGUGGCAAACGCCAGUACUUUCGGAAAAGUUUCAACGCAGGACAGAAAGACGGCCCAGUACAGCAGACAGUGGAGACACUGCAUUAGGAACAUCUUGUUCUGAUAGCACAGAAGAUUUCUGCAGCUCCAGUGGGUGUUCCUUGUUCAAACCCAUCCGUUCGCUGUCUAUCAUUCCUACUGCGCAUGUCAUGCCUUCCACUUCUUCUGGUAACACUUCAUCUAAUCUCCAUCCAGUGGGGGAUUCUGGUUUCAAUUCUGUAUCCAUGCAGCCAAGUGAUCUGUCAGACACACAAGAUCAAAGAUCUGGAAAACAGUGGUCUUCGUUGUCCAGGUUGAAUGGGGUGGAUGCUUCUAACUUUGAGACCAGGGCUGUCAAAACGGAAGAACCCUCUAUCAGUGUUAAACCUUUACCUGUAGAUUCAACAAACAGACCUGCACUGAAUGUGCUUGACGGCUCCUAUCCAAAUGUUGAAUAUUUGAGAUCAGAUGAGAUGGUACGAAAAUUUGAAACUCCUAAUAUUGAGCCAACUUUGAAUCAGUCUGCUUUUUUGAACACUAUCUAUGACGAUCCUAGAUACAAUUUCCAAGAAUGUAGCAAAGAAGGACAAUCUCAUGAUAUCAAUGGAGCUGGAAGCAAGGAUAGCUCUAGUAUCUCCAAUAUGACUUUUAAAUCCUUGCCAGAGAGCAGAAAUGCGUCCACGAACAGUGGGUUGUUGGGGCAGAGACCUUGUUUGCGACCUAAUGGUGCAGGCUCUGUACCUGAAGGGCUCCAUAGCUUACAAACACAGCAAGCAAUAUGGGCUCCAGUAUGGCUAAAGGAACGAACAUGUGGAAAACAGUUUGACAUUCACUCUAAUGAUAAACCUGGUGACCUAACAAUAUGGCAGCAGCAACAACUGGAGAGCCUGAGGCAACAAGUGGAACAAAUGCAGGUUUUAAACCAUCGAUCCCAUCAGUAUCCUGCAGCCUAUUCCACUUUUGCACAUCAGGAACUCAAUAAAUGGGAUCCACUAAUAAAAGCAAAUGAAAGCCUGUUGAAGGAGAAGGAGAUGGUUAUUGAAAGGCAGAAGCAACAAAUAAGUCAUUUGGAGCAGAAGAUGAGGGAGAGCGAGUUACAAAUGCACAGUGCCCUGCUGGGCCACCCAGUUCCACUCAGUGAUGUCUGCAUACUCCGACUACAGGAAUCUCUACGUGAAAAUGCAUUCUUGCGAGCUCAGUAUGCAGAAAGGACAGAAAUGUUGACAAAUGAAAAACUGGAGAUGGAGAAAAAGCUAACAGGAUCAGAAGUGGAGAUUCGUCAUCUGAAUGACAGCCUGAAAGAAAAUGCACAAAAACACAUGGAUGAUAUGAAGAAAAUGGAAGAAAAGGUCCGAGGCCGUGACAAACACAUCAACAAUCUGAAAAGGAAGUGCCAGAAGGAGGCGGAACAGAGCAGAGAGAAACAACAACGCAUUGAAACUCUAGAACGGUACCUAGCAGACCUGCCCACCUUGGAUGAUUAUCAGAAGCAGAGCCGACAGCUGAAGGAUGUGGAACUGCAAUGUGAGCUUCUGCAGGGUACAGUGCUGGAUCUGGAGACCAAACUCGGGGAAUCUCGAGCACGAUGUCGAGAAAAAGAUAGCAUCCUGGAGAAACAGAAGCAGAAAGAGUUGGAGCUGGUCUCUACGGUUCAUGGCCUGCAGGAGAAAGUUGCAAAAUGUCUGGAGGAUGGUGUGAGGUUGCCAAUCAUGGAUGUAGAGAAGCUGAAAUGUGAGAGCAACAACCUCAAAGGAGAUUAUGAGCGAGCCAUGAAGAUCAUAGAUAAACAACAAAAAAGCAUUGAGCAGCUUACCUUACAAGUACAGGCUCUGCAAGAGCGUGUGGCACAAGAGGAAGAAACAAGUCAGGGUCUUCGUGAGGAGCUAUCUGGGAAGGAGAAUGGAUCACAGUUACUGAGGAAAGCCAUGAAAGAGCUUUCUGCCCAGAAUCAGGAGCUGAUUGAAAGGAAUUUGACUCUUCAGGAACAGUUGGGACAGCUGGACCUGAGCAGGCAGCCUCCGUCUGAAAGCAUGCAGAUGUUGGAGAAGCUGCAUCGUGAGCUGGCUAGGAGUUUGCAUGAUCUUCAGGCGAUCUGUAACAUUCUUACGCAGAGAACCCAAGGCAAAGAUCCCAACCUCUCUCUGCUGCUGGGGAUCCAAUCGAUGCAUUAUGCCAGUGCAGAAGAAGGGAAUUGGCAGAACACGGAGCUACUGACCAAGAGACUGGCUGAAGUGAGGCAACUGGGCAGAGACAUCGAUGAGUUGAGGACUAGGAUUUCGGAUCGAUAUGCUCAGGACAUGGGAGACAACUGCAUUACGCAGUGAAUGUGUGCACUGGGAAUGGGUGUGGAGGACACUGCACUGGAUUUUUGUAUUGGAUAUUCUGGUAAAUGUCUUGAUUGAGUACAGAUCAGGAAAGAAGUUCACAAACUUGCUACAACUAGGUUUCUUGGAAGGUAGAAAGAAGUGAUCUAAUUUGCAGCUGUAAAACUUGCAUCUUUGUGCAUUUAAACAGGCAACUUCCUUCCUCUGUCUGCACUUCAAUAAAUAGUCAAACUGCAAAGUAAGUGCUUGUGCACUCACUUUGAGUAAUGUCAUUCUCUUGUUUCUAGUGAAAGUGGCAAUGUAACUUUUGUAGUAACUACAAAGACAAAAACAUACUGUGGAUGCUGGAGAUCUGCAUUGAAAUUCAAAUAGGAGCACUCAGCAGGCCUGACAGCAUCUGGUUUAGGAGACCUGUUUAAUAUUUGUACAGACCCUUUUCAGAAUGAAUGUGCUAUCUCUGUUUCUCUCUUCACAGAUAGUUUCUGGCCUGCUGAGUUUUUUUCAGUAAUUCUUAUUUAACCUUCAUUAAAUUUUUGUAUUUAACGAUAGCUCCUAGAUUGUCUGUCUGCAAUUCUGACUGUUAACUUCAGACAUUUAGCGGUAAAAGUAUAAUCCUAGGGGUGGUUAAUCUGCUCUUUUUUGAGAGAGGUAUUACAAUUAACCAUUUUGAGACUAAGUAUGAACUACUUGCAAGCCAACUGUCUUAAUCUUCUCAGGCGUACACUUUUUUCAGAUGUAAAGGGGUGAGUUGCUUAAUCAUCAACGUAACGGUGUAUCAGGAGGAUAGAUCAAUUUUAGGGUGAUAUUUCCAUCAUUAACCAUCCCAAUCUCAUUGCAGGAAGUUGUGACAUUUCCAGGAGAGCAUGUUCUAGUAACAUUUGAGACACAGAUACUGAGUGGUAUAGUGCAGGCUGGACUGUAAUGCGUCUGUGCAAUUACCCUAACCACACUGUGUAAACUGCAUAGCUAUCCCCAGCUCUUUCAUUUUCAAACUUGUAUUUUUAAGUGGUGAAGUUGGCUUUCAUCAUCACAAAGUAUUUUAGUCCAUUUGGACCACUUCCAACAACCAGUGCCUAUAUCAUCCACUCCCAGGUCAGGACUACACUCUUCCCAUUAGCCUUCUGCCCUCCUUGCCUGUGUUCCCUAACUUUGCAAUGAAACCUGUUUGACAGUGUUUCCACUUCACAUCCAUCUUGGGACCUCGGUGAAAAUUGGGAACUUAGGAAUUGAAUUGAGACAACUCUUCAUUGCCAGACCCUCAUAUCAAACUAACUUUCUAAAUUCUGCAGGAAACUUGAAAUUACAAUUGUUUUAAAUGAAUUGUAGUCUUUCAGUAGUCCUGAGAAUCUCUCAACCAGACCAUAUGCUGUUCUGUAAAGUUGAGAGAUUUUCAAAUUAUGCACGAGCAUAGUACGAAAAGAGCAUGUCACUAUGGCCUGACUCUGCAUCUAUUACGAUUCACUGUGCAGAGAGACAUCACUGAAAGUAAUGCAUUUAGCCUUGUGUAAAUUGUAUUGAGCAAAGCCCAUGGGCCAGAAAUGAUCAACGGUUAUUUGUUAGACCAGGCAAUGCUGCGCAGUGUUCACUCAGGAUCCUUGGUUUCUUGGGAGAGAGGUGAUAACUGAUGCAUCGUUUUUCUGCAGACAGAUAAAGCUAUAUGUUAUGCUGUUGAGUUGUAACACAUGUAUAAUUGAGAAGAUUUUAAUUUCCACAUCCCUUGUCUGCAUUUUCUGAGAUUGACACUUUCUUGCUUGUUUUCAGUUGAUUUCCAGCAUUCAUAGUUUUUAAAGAUAAAUUGAAAGGAAUUACUCUUCUUCUAGUAACACUAAUCUCUCUCCUGCUCAAUGAAAGGUUUCCUUUUGUAUUAUGACUGUCUGUCUGAUGUAAAACUGGCCAGUUUUUGAACUUCUACCCAACUAUGAAUUGAUUUUAUUUCCUUUUUCAUAAUGAAAAAAAUGAAGAUUUCAGGAUACUGAAUAAUAUGUGAAAAGACUGGAAAAGUGUACCCUGCGAUCAGAACUGCAGCUCAGGAUAUCUCUUGAAUUUUAUCUGGCUAGGAUCGGUGUGAUGGAGUUGAAUUCACACUGCCUUGCUUUGCCUUGAAAAGAUGUUUGUUUGUACUAAUUUUAUUACAACUUUUGUACAUUUUUGCAAGAAUAUUUAUAAAUUUCAUAUGUAAUUACAUUUGUAUUUGCAAAUAAAAUUUUCUAUUUAA